ACUAGUUCUUUGGUUCAAAUACAAAAAAAGAAACAACCCUACAAAAUAACAAUGGCAUUCUUUAUUGGAGCUCUAUGCACCUUAGCAAUUAGUGCCAUCGCCUCAGCAGGUAUUGUACCUGGUUAUGGAUUAGGAUAUGGAGCUGCAGGUUUAGGAUACGGUGCAGCUGGUUUAGGAUAUGGUGCAGCUGGUAUAGGAUAUGCUGGAGCUGGACUAGGAUAUGCUGGAGCUGCAGGCCAUGGUGUGGACUAUUACUCAUAUCCAAAAUACUCUUUCAACUAUGGUGUCAAAGAUGCACAUACUGGUGAUGUAAAAUCUCAAUCAGAAGUACGUGAUGGUGAUGUAGUCAAAGGACAAUACUCUUUGGUUGAACCAGACGGUUCAGUACGUGUUGUAGACUACACAGCUGAUGACCACAAUGGUUUCAACGCAGUAGUUAAGAAAGUUGGACCAACAGUUCACUAUGCCCCAGCACCAGUUGCCCAUGGUUAUGUUGCUGGUUUAGGUCAUGGUUUAGCUGGUGGCUAUGGUGCAUAUGGCGGCUAUGGACACUUUGCAAAGUUUUUGGGAGUUUUACUGUUUGUUAGUUUUACGUACGCUGGAUAUGUGAAACAUGAGCCAAUUGAUUAUUAUUCACAUCCAAAAUAUGCCUUCAAAUAUGGUGUAGCUGAUCAUAUAACAGGUGAUGUAAAAUCGCAGCAUGAAGAACGGGAUGGGGGUGUUGUUAAAGGAUCAUAUUCUUUGGUCGAGCCUGAUGGUUCAGUUCGUACAGUGAAUUAUGUUGCAGAUCCAGUGAAUGGCUUUAAUGCCGUAGUGAGUAAAAGUGCACCAACUGUUCAUGUAAAACCAGCUCCAGUUGUUGUGAAACCAGCUCCGGUGUUUGUUAAGCCAAUUGUCGUUGCGGAAAAGCCAAUUAUUAAAGCAUAUGAACCUCAUCAUCAACCUAUUUAUUCUAUAUCGAAGGCCGCCGUUCACGCUUUACCUAAUUACGUUGAUUAUGAUAGUGGAUAUUAUGGUGACACUCAUGGCUAUUAUGGCGACAGUGGAUAUGGCAGUCAUUAUAAUUAUUAUUAGUAAACCAUAAAUAAA